UGAUGACGUCAGUCAACCCUCAACUCUCUUUAUUAAGUUGACAAUGUUGGACAACACCAUCAUGCAAUUACUGUUGUGAAUCGAUACAUUGCAGCAGUUCAUCUCAAACAGAGUCAACAUGGAGUCCAUAACCGGGACAAAAGACAGAGGCACUGAGUCUGAUGUACCUGGGGAGCCGCGCAGCACCAAGAGCACCGUCCUCGAGACUGGCGCAGCAAUGACACAGGACUUCUCCCCUCUUCAAAACGUCUGCGCCCAUCUCAACGCCUUCCACGUCUACGCCUCGGAUCCGACUCGAGUUGUUGAAGCCAACCACUACUGCGGCCACCUUACUGAAGAGGUCCGCCAAUGCCUGCUCUACGACUCAGCCUCCCCCCGAGCGCGACUCAUCGGGGUGGAAUACAUGAUCUCCCCCCGCCUCUACUCCACUCUCGACGCAGACGAGCGUCGCCUUUGGCACAGCCACGUGUUUGAGGUUAAAUCGGGCAUGCUGGUCAUGCCCCAGCCUUCGCCGCUGGUCCCGCAAGCGGCGUGGGAGAAGGCCGAGACGGCCGAGAUGACCGAGGUCAUCACGCUGUACGGCAAGGUGUACCACCUGUGGCAGGUUGACCGGGGUGAUAAGCUCCCUCUGGGUGAACCGCAGCUCAUGACAAGUAUUACUGAGAAAGGGCAGGUGAAGGGUUUGGAGGAGAUGAUGGAUGAGAGGGAUAGGAAGUUUACCGGGGUGGAUUGGCGCAGGAAGAGGGAGAUAAGGGAGGGGAUUGAGGAGCCUGAGAUUCAUCCUGAUGCCGAUUACACUUGGAAGAAGUCCAAGUCGUGAUCGUUGCUUGGGCAGCAGGGCGGAAGGCAGAGGGAUCGCGGUGAGUGGGUGAGGCGACUGUACAUUUCCAUCCGCAGUGCAACCGGUCCAUUGAGACCUGGAUAUCCUACAUGUAUUCUUUGCCCCGAAACCUGAUGUAAACCGGGUCCAUCUACCUUAUCUGCCAUGUGGCGAUGCCGCGUUUCUUCAGAACGACGCCGAUCACUACGUGUGACUGGCCGGUAAAGAUAUUGAUCCUGUAAGUGAUAACCAGGGGAAGAGGAGGGAAUAAAUUGAAAGGGGUGGGAUUUACUGCAUCGAAUUAGACGUCUACGUCAAUCUGAGAGGG